AUGGGGGAGAGCCACAACAACCUCCACCACCGCGCAAUGACGUCGUCCUCCGCUGCUUCUCGAUUGGGUUUGGGUAUAAGGACUACUUCUUCCUCCAUCGCCAGCGAAAUCGUGAAGGCUCGAGGCCACAUUCUAAGGGCCACUGACCGGAAGGACUGCCACAGCAAGGUCUACACCACCAAAGGCCCCAGGGACCACCGCGUCCGGCUUGCCGCCUAUACCGCUAUUCAAUUCUACGACGUGCAAGAUCGGCUCAGAUACAACCGGCCCAGCAAGGCCGUCGAUUGGGUCAUCAAGAAAGCCAAGGCCGCAAUCGAUGAGCUGCCACCGUGGAACCCGAACUCAAUUUCUGUCCAGACAACAUCUUCUCCAACGGUGCCAAUAUCCGCUGCGCAGGACAUGCAGAACGCGAGCCUCCAUUUCUCGAUGGUGGAGGCUCCAAGUUUUUUGUCUGCUAAUCGGCGAGGCGCAAUGGUGGGCAGCAGCGGAGUGGUGGAGCUGGUGAAUCAGAACAGCUCGAAUUUUCUGCAAACCGAUAAAGUUGUAGGUGAGGAUGGUGUGGAGGUGGUGUUGCAUGUCGGGAAUGACGGAGAGGAUGGCAGGGUGGGAUUGGAGCUGUGA